GAGAAUUGUACUUCGAACUCAACACUACGGUACUGUACGCACAGUGCGAGUGCCAUUGCUAGUACGUACUACCGGUAUUCCGACCGGAGAGCACGAGGAACCUGUUUGCCAACAAUGCAAGCCACAUACCAUUGAUAGAAUUUGUACAAGCGGACCAUUCGAUUGCAUCCGUUCCUUCCCAGAUGAAAAACAGAAGCUCGGCGUCCUUCCACAGCCGGGGCAACAGCCACCACGAAAGAAUCGCCACCGGGGUGGAGGGGGGAGCUGGCAUUACCAAUAGUAGCAAUGGGAGCAACGGCAUUUGCAGCAGCAUCAGCAGCAGCAGCAGUAUUCUCUUCAACCAGAAGCCUGCGCGAUCACGAACACGAACACGAAUACACCAAGAUCGUCGGGAGCAAGCAAUCGCAAGCGCAAACACAAUCACAAGCGCAAACACUUCGCUGGCAACGGCGGCAGCAUCGAAACGCGCCACCGUUGCGAGACGAUCCGUGCUGCAUCGGAGACGAACGAAGCGGGCCUUGCGGUUGCUGGCCAUUCCCUUGGUGUUCCUUGCCCCGAUCGUGGCGCUGCACCUGGAGCUGCACCGCUUGCUGCAACGGCACGGGCGGUUCGUCCACGGUACGGCACCACUGCACGCGGAUGCGCACGCGUUGUCCUCCUCGUCCCCCUCGCCCGGGCGAUUGGACGCGGGGGAGGAGGACGGAAGCCCCGUCGGGCCCGGCAGAACGGACGCCCCAAGAAUCGAUCCGAUUCUGGUCUUUCGCUUUCCGCCGUACCACACGGGGCAGGGGAUCGGCAACGUUGUGUCGGGAGUCCUGGCCGCCCACCUCCUCGCCGAGGAGUUCCACCGAACGAUCUGCCACGCGCCACACCCAAAGGACGAAGCGGCCAUCGCCACGGGCAAGGAUGCCUCGGCCGCGGGCAGGGGGCCGCACGCAUCCUUUCACAAGGCCUUCGCCUGGAAGGACCCGGCCCACGCGGAACGCUGCGAUCGUGCCCUGGGAGGGGGGGCAACGCGCUCCGUCGGAAAUUCCACCGGUGCGCACGCAAACACGCAUACUACCAUUGUCCAAAACAAUUACGAUGCCACCAGCGAGCAGAGCGAGUGCAGAAUGAAAGACAUCCUGUCGAACCACGAGGACUAUCCCAUUGUAUACUACGAGGGUAAUACUUAUCCACGGUGGCCAAGCAGAAGCAGCAACAGCAGCAACAACACCAUCAACAACAACAACAACAAUACACACCGGGAAGAACGGGACUAUUUCCACGAGAGGUUCGAGCCUACACCCGAGCUACGGGCCAUUCUUCCCUGGUCGGUUGCACCACGCGAUUCGAACGGAGCUGCCGACGAACCAACGCGGGCCACCACAACCAUCACAGGAAAGCCACCAUCGAUCGUCGUUCACCUUCGGGACGGAGACGGGGUUCACGACGAGCGGGAGGGCCUCGACGAAGAAACGCUCUCGCUGCUGGCGCGAGAGGACUUUGUCGAAGCCGCCCGGGGCAAGGCAGGCGGUGCCGUCUUCCUCGUGACCAACCGGAUCGACUGGUACGCGAGGUUUCCGAACUGGUCCAAUCCGGGCUGGACCUCCGAGAUCCACCACUCGGCGAUGGACGCAAUCCGGUGGGGAAGCAGCAGCGAAAAGCCGGCCCACCACCAACGCAACAAGGAUCGCGAGGCCUUGCAGCUGUGGGCGGACUGGUACACACUCCUCGUCGCGGACCGCAUCUACCACACCCACAGCGACUUUUCGAGGUCGGCGGCACGCUGGAACGAGCGCACAAAGAGCUGGACCAUAAGGGGAACCACCAGCGCUGCCGGUGGCACCGAAGAAGGCCAAGAAAGGGCGGAAUCCCAUCGCCUUUGGCUGCAGCCGGACCUCGAGGAGAAGGGCAGCGGCGAAACCAGGGGCAGGAAGAAUGGCACCCCGCGGCUGGUGGACCGGACCGGCGACGGGCUCUGGUUCUGCGGGGGAGCGGCGACCGCCUCCCUCCGAGAACAACUCCACCGAAAGGAAAAACACGACCGGCAGCUCCUGGAUCUGGUUCGGAGGAGACAGCGGAUGCGGACGGGGGCCAGCCACUGGUAGCUGACCGACCGACAACGUGCUUGCACCGAUUCGUACACCGAUUGCGCCUCCGUAGCGAAUGCGGAAACGUUUGCACGCACGCACGCCCAGUGGAAUGCAAUGCAAUGCAGAGCAGACGCACGGACGGCAGAGGAGUAUUGCGCGAUGCGGACUCGGUGUCGACGGGAAAGCAGAAUCUACCGUCCGUCCAAAGACCCAUCCCUGACUCCAUUGGGCCAACCACAAAACCGGACGACAACAACUUCAGAGGAAUGGAGGUGGACAAAGGGACAACUGUCCCGUGCAUCGAACGGAGAAACCAAUGAAGGAGGUGUUGUCAUCGAAUUUGAAAACAGCACCGACUGGGUCACCAAUUCGUAGCUGUUCCCGAGGAUUUGGGAGUCGUUGGUAUGGCAACGAAUAGGCUACUCUACUGUAAAGGCACGCAACAACAGCAACAAGCAAACAAUCCAAUCGCGCUACGCUAUCCGGAAAGUUGCGCCUGCAAAUAAUUUCUUGACUGUUUG